CUCUGCAAAUAAAACGAGAGAUUCUUGUUCUUCUUCUUCCUUGUUCAAUCAAUAUGGCGAGGAGAGCGGAGGAGGAGUACGACUAUUUGUUCAAAGUUGUAUUAAUCGGCGACUCGGGCGUUGGCAAAUCCAACCUCCUCUCCCGAUUCACUCGCAACGAGUUUUGUUUGGAGUCCAAGUCCACCAUUGGCGUCGAAUUCGCCACUCGCACUCUCCAGGUUGAGGGAAGAACUGUGAAAGCUCAGAUAUGGGACACAGCAGGACAGGAGAGAUACAGAGCAAUUACUAGUGCCUACUAUAGAGGAGCCCUUGGAGCGUUACUUGUUUAUGACGUAACAAAACCAACAACAUUUGAAAAUGUAAGCAGGUGGCUGAAGGAGUUGAGAGACCAUGCUGACUCAAACAUUGUGAUCAUGAUGAUUGGGAACAAGACAGAUCUGAAGCAUCUACGUGCGGUGGCCACAGAGGAUGCCCAGGGUUAUGCCGAAAGAGAAGGCCUUUCAUUCAUCGAGACAUCUGCUCUUGAAGCAAUAAAUGUUGAGAAGGCUUUCCAGACAAUUCUCGCAGAGAUUUACCGGAUUAUCAGUAAAAAGACUCUUUCAUCAGAUGAGCCAACACCUGCAAGCAUCAAAGAAGGGAAGACCAUUGCUGUAACAGGAGGCCCAGAGGUCAAUACAAAGAAGCCUUGCUGUUCUUCAACCUGAGGUUGAUUAUAUUUUAAGGAAUUCAUAUAUUUAUUAAUAUUUUUUGUUUUGUUUUUCCCUUAUUCUUAUGCUGUGGGUUAUUGUGUGAAGUUCUUUUUGUUGCUUAUUUUUUUGAACCAUACUUUCUUGUUUGUUGUCUGGAUUUGUUAUGUAAGGGUAUCAUGAGGUAUAUAACAGUGAUCAUUAGAUAAGAGCCUCAAUUGGCUUG